AAGAGCUUGAAGAAAGUAGAAAAUAUAAGACAGAGUUUGCGGGAGAGGAUGGUGUUUCAUUGGUCAUUACUGAGGCAACCAUAGACGAUGGUGGUACAUAUCUCGUGAGAGCUGACAAUCGUAAAGGCUCCGUCACCAGCACAACAAAACUCAUUGUACACUCUAUUGACGAUGUUGGACUCUCAACAAAAGAUGACACAGAAGAAACACUUUCAAAGAAACCAAGACGCCAGCGACAAACGGGCAAAGACCAAACAGAUAAUAAAAACACUAUCAAAUUAACAAAACCAGAAUUCUUGCUUCGCCUUCGUAAUAAGACCGCUAAGGUUGAUGAUGUUGCCAAAUUAAGUGUUAAAGUAGAGGGAGAUCCAGUUCCUAGUAUUACUUGGUAUAAAGAUGAUGAAGAGAUCACUCAGGAGAGUGGAGAUGGAAAGUAUGAGAUAUUCAAUGAAGGCAACAUUUAUAACCUUGAAGUGUAUGACACGGAUAUAGGAG